AUGUCACACGAACAUGUUAACUUUCCAGUAUAUGGACAAGUAGAUUACUUUAAACAACAACAACCACAACAACCACAAUAUAAUCCACAUUUAGGUGGAAAACAAAAAACAUUAGACCCAAUUGUUACAGGUACAUCAGUUAUUGCAAUUAAAUAUGAUAAAGGUGUUGUAAUGGGUUCAGAUAUGUUAUUAUCAUAUGGUUCAUUAGCAAGAUUUAAUAGCACUGAAAGAAUGAAGAAAUUUGGUGGCUAUACUAUUGUUGGUGCAAGUGGUGAAUAUAGUGAUUUUCAAUCAAUUACAAAUACUCUUAAUGAUUUAGUUACUGAUGAUCAUUGUAUGGAUGAUGGUUCAAAAUUAAGUUCAGAAGAAAUCUGGAAUUAUUUAGCUCGUGUUUUAUACAAUCAAAGAAAUAGAGGUAAUCCACUCUGGAAUACUUUAGUUGUUAUGGGUUAUCAAGGUGGUAAAAGCUUUUUAGGUAAAGUUGAUUUAGUUGGAACUUGUUACAAAGAUGAUAUUAUUACAACUGGUUAUGGUUCACAUAUUGCAUUACCAUUAUUAAGAAAAGCAAGAGAUGAAAAUCCAAAUAUGAAUUUAGAACAAGCUAAACAAUUAAUUCAAGAUUGUUUAAGAGUACUUUUUUACAGAGAUGCUAGAUCUUCUAAAAAGAUUCAAAUCUCUGUCGCUGGUGAAGAAGGUAUUGAAAUUUCUGGUCCAAUUGAAUUAGAUACUUUCCAUUGGAAUAGUGGUGAAGCUGCUGUUAAAAAUUUUAGUCAAGUUUAA